GGCUGUGGGCCGCCGGCUGGAGACUCCGCGGGAGUGCGGCCCGGCGGCCUCGCCCAGAGCGGGCCCGGCGUCUCCCGAGCGGUCAGGGCUCUCGGCGGAGGACGAGGCGUGGGCUUCUUCCUCUGGCCAGGGGAAGCAGAGAGUAUGAGGGCCUAUCUAAAGAGCGCAGAAGGCUUCUUUGUCCUGAAUAAAAGCACUACGAUUGGAAAGCAUGAAGAUUCAGACCUUGUUUUAGAGUCUGCAGACAUCGACAACCAUCACGCGCUCAUUGAAUAUAAUGAGGCCGAGAGCAGCUUUGUUCUCCAGGACUUCAAUUCCCGCAACGGCACAUUCGUCAACGGGUGCCACAUUCAGAACGUGGCUGUGAAGCUCUUACCCGGUGACAUCCUGAGGUUUGGGUCCGGAGGGCUGACCUAUGAACUGGUCAUCGAAAACCCAGCCUCGGUCUCCUUCCCAUGGGUGAGGGGCCCAGCACCUUGGCCAAGGCCACAGCCACCUCGGGCCACCCAGCAACCGAACCAGUCACCCUCACCACCACAGACCCCCUUCCACCCGGGCAUCUGGCCAGCGCCAGUGCAGAGGAGCUGGUCCCCGGGAUUCCCCGGGCCCCCCAUGGUCCCACCUGCCUCCCACAAGCGGCCCGUGAGUGCCAGCGGGAAGAUGUUCUCCUUCGUGGUGGACAGAGCCGCCCACAGGGUUCCCAUCAUCAAGCAAGUGUGGACCAACGCCAUGGAACUGUCGGAACAAUCAGUGGCCGAGGAAAUUCCUGGGGCAGGGUUCUCCAGAGAAAUUUUUGUGGACCAGGACCUGGCCCAGCACGAUAAGGAUGAAAUAAUUCUGCUGCUGGGAAAAGAAGUCAGCCGUCUCUCGGGUUUUGAACUUGAAUCCAAAUACAAAGACUCCGUGAUAGCAAGUCUGCACAACGAAGUGGCCAACCUGAGCCAGAAGCUGUUGGAAACAGCCGCCUCCAGGCAGGAGAGGGUGAUCCCGCCCAAGGUUCAGGUUCCGCACGAAGAGGACGAUGCCCAACAGAGAGAGAUCCAGAGCUUGAAAGACCAGAUCAGUGCCCUACAGCAAGGCUACAGCCAGGUGCUGUGCCAGACCCUGUCUGAGAGAAACUUAGAAAUCACAUCCCUGAAGAACGAGGCCGAGAACUUAAGGAGGGAGACCGCCAUCACAUCAGAGAUGGUGUCAUCUUUGCAAAGAGAAGUGUUAGUAAAGGAUGAUCAAGUUCAACAACUAAAACAGGAGGUGAACCAACUAAAGAGUGAGAACAAAGAAAAGGAUCACCAGCUCCAAGCCCUCAGCUCCAGAUGCUCAGUGCUGAAAGAAGAGUUACAGAAGGAAGAUGCCCAGAAUGAGCACUGGGAAGCCCAGGAGAAAGAGUUAAAGCUCUGCAAAACCCAAAUCCAUGACAUGGAGAAAGAAAUGAAGAAGCUCAGGGAGGAGCUGAAAAGGAGCUGUACCGAGCAGAGCCUGAUCUCUAAGACGCUACGGGAAAAGAGCAAGGUUGAAGAGAAGCUUCAGGAGGAUUCCAGAAGGAAAUUGCUUCAGCUGCAAGAAAUGGGGAGCAGAGAAAACCUCAUUAAAGCCAAUUUGGAAAGGGCAGUAGGUCAGCUGGAGCUUUUCAGAAGUCAGGUCAUCAAGGCCACGUACGGAUGCGUGAAACCGUUCCAGGACAAACCCGUCUCCAAUCAGCAGUUAAUAGAGAAGAUCACCAGGGUCACAGAGGACAAUAUCAACUUUCGGCAGAAAAAGCGGACCCUGCAGAAGGAGACCCAGCUCAGCAGCUGCAAACAGGAGGAAAUGACAGAGAACAUCGUGAAGCUGAAGACAUCCUUAGACAGUUGCCAGGCGUGCAUGAAAAUGUCUUGCUGUAGCAGUGACCUGAAGAAGGAGAUCGACCUCCUGCAGCACCUGCAGGUGAGCCCACCUGUCUCAGGGCUCCAGAAGGUGGCGCUGGACAUCUUGCGCCUGUCACUGUCCUGGCUGGAGGAAACGGAGCAUCUCCUCCACGAGGUGGGGAUCCAGUUCUCCAGCUCCGACAAAGAUCAAGAUCAACAGUUCUCAGGAAACUCAGCAGUAUUUGCUGCAAGAAAACUUACGGCAGCAUCUGGAAGAGAAGGAGAAGCUGACCGAGGAAAGGCUACAGCAAGAGGAGAAGCUGAAAGCCAGAGUCAAGCGGCUAACGGAAGAGAAAUCGGUAAGGCUUUGGAGGAAACCAUUUCUCAGGAGAAAAGCAGAGCAAAGGAAGCAUUAGAAGAAGAACAGAGCAAAGUCCAAGAGCUGGAGAAUCGCUUAACCCGCCAGAAGGAGAUUUUGGAGAGCAGCAUUGCCCAUGAGAAAAGCAAAGCAAAGGAAGCCUUAGAGACAGAAAAGAGAAAAGUGCGAGAUCUGGAGAACCACUUAACCCAGCAGAAGGAGAUUUCAGAGAGCAGCAUCGCCUACGAGAAACACAAAGCGAAGGAGGCCAUAGAGAAGGAAAAGAAAAAGGUGCAAGAUCUGGAGAACCGCAUAACCAGGCAGAAGGAGGAAAUAGAUUUAAAAAUGCAAAAAGAAGACAUUUUAAAUGAUAAAUUAAAUGAUGCAUUGGCCAUGGUAGAAAAGACUCAGAAAACAAAGACGGCUGAAAGUCUAAAAGCAGAGAGCCUCACCAUGAAAUUAAGUGAAACAUUAGCUGAACUGGAAACUGCUAAGACGAAAAUGAUCAUGAUGGAGGAGCGGAUGCAGCUGCAACAGCUCACAGUAAGGGCCCUCCAAGAAGAACAGGAAUCCCAGAAGCACGGAUUUGAAAAACAGAUCAUGGAAUACAAGGACCAAAUCAAACAGCACACCCAGACGAUUGUGAGUCUUGAAGAAAGACUCCAGAAAGUGACCGAACACCGUAAAAAAAUAGGAGAGAUUGCAACGUUGAAGGACAAUGACCCAGCCCAGGAGGGGGAAACACAGCAAGACACUGUGGCAGCACCUCCGGUGGAGAGCACCGCCAAAGACGCAGUGUGUGGACACCUGAUAGAGGACUUAUUGACUGCUCAGAAGGAAAUCCUGUCUCAGCAGGAGAUCAUCAUGAGGUUACGGAAGAACCUCACUGAAGCCCAUAGCCGAAUGUCAGAUUUGAGAGGGGAGCUUAACGAGAAGCAGAAGAUGGAGCUGGAGCGGAAUGUGGCGCUGGUCCAGCAACAAAGCAGCGAGCUGAGUGUGCUCAAGGAAAAGAUGGCACAGUUGAGCAGCCUGCUGGAGAAGAAGGACAAGGAGCUAGAGGCCCUCAAGCAGACACUCAGGGCCUCCCAAGAGAAACACAGGCUCCAGCUGCACAAGGACAGGGAACAGAAGGCCAGGAACGCAACCCAGAUGUGUGACAUCUCGGUGCAGAUAGAACCAAUCCACACCGAUAUUUUCUUGAGCAGCCAGGAGGAGCAGUCCUUCAGUGAUGUAGGGGCCAAGUGCAAAGGGUCCCGACAUGAGGAAGUCAUUCAGCGUCAGAAAAAGGCCUUAUCUGAGCUUCGUGCGCGAAUUAAAGAACUUGAGAAGGCCAGCUCGUCAAAUCAUAAGGACCACAUGGGUGGAUCAUUUCUAGACUUAAAGACCCUCGGGAUGGAAAAAAAUGUUCAGAAAAUAUUGGAUGUAAAACCUGACUUGCCAACUUUUUCAAGAGUAGAGAUCCGAGCGCCUCAGAAUGGCCUUUCCAGCCCAGGGUCCAUCAUGGCCACUGAGAAGUUAGGGAAAACGGAUGUGGCUGCGGCUUUAGAUCUUAGUGAAAAGCUGUACAUGGAUAUGAGCAAAACCCUCGGGAGUCUGAUGAAUAUCAAAGAUAUGUCAGGUCACGUGUCCAUGAAACACCUCUCCCCAAAAGAGAGGGAGAAGGUCAACCAGCUUCGACAAAGAGACCUCGACCUGGUGUUUGAUAAGAUCACCCUACUCAAGAACCAGCUGGAGAGAAAAGAAGAGCUUUUGAGGCGAUACGAGAAAGACAUUGAACAGCUCAGGCAGAGCAAAGUGUCGGUUCAGAUGUACCAGUCACAGGUGGCAAAGCUGGAAGACGACAUCUACAAAGAGGCCGAAGAAAAGGCGCUGCUGAAGGAGGCCCUGGAGCGCGUGGAACAGCGGCUGCACCGGGAGAAGAGGGUCAACAGGGCGAUCAGGCAGCAGAAGGUUGGAGCCAGAAAAGACACCCCAAAGAUGGACCAAGAAAGGGAGAUGCUGAAGAGAGAAGCGUCCAGCAAAUCCAGCCAGAACCUUCUGUUUUCUAAACCUGGUGGAAGGAACUAGAAACGUCGUCCCGCUGGGCCUCGCGUGAUCCUCCGUGAGUCAGUGUAACUCUUCUGCAUCAAACUGCUAAGAUGCUUUUUUAGGACUUUAAAGGUUGCUACCGUAGUGUGUUGCUUCCUAGACUGGUAUUUUGCACAAUACUGUAUUUUGGAGUGUGUGAGGAGAGGGGUUCUUUUCACAGAUAUUAUGAAUGUAAACAUACUCAGGCAUAUGAAGAAUAAGUUUGAAAUUCAGACUCCUAGGCCCGGUAGAUACAAUUAUGUGUUUGGGUAGUGACAAACCCAAAUGUCACACCUCCAAGGAGCUCCAAGAAAUCCGCAGUUGAGAAAACCCAGGGCGUGUACUGGGGCCACAGGACAGAAUGGUAACCUCAGGGCUGUUGGGGCCAUGGUAUAGUGCAUUUAUAUCUGAAUUUAUUAUAAUAAAUUUGAACACCAACCUGUUU